CGAACACACGUGUAGAAGGCAACAAAAACAAAACAAUUCUUUGAAAUAAAAAAAAUUUAAAAUUUCUUUAAAAUAAUGGGUGGUAAAGGCAAAUUAAUUAAUAAAAAACGCAAAUUUGAAGGACAUAAGGAAGAUGAUCCUGAAUUUGAUUUAACUAAAAAACAUUUAAAGACUAGCCACUUAAGGGCCAUGGAAAAAAGACUGAUUAUUGUAUUGGAUGGAGCACAAUUGGAAACUGUUAAAGUAGGCAACACCUUUGAAUUGCUUAAUUGUGAUGAUCAUGCCAAUAUAAUGCGUAAAAAUAAUCGUGAUCCCGGUUCCUGCCGUCCCGACAUAACUCAUCAGUGUCUGCUCAUGCUGUUCGAUUCACCACUUAACCGGGCGGGUCUUUUACAAGUUUACAUACGUACCGAACGUAAUGUCCUAAUUGAAAUUAAUCCGCAGACCAGAAUACCUAGAACUUUUAAACGUUUUGCCGGCUUAAUGGUUCAAUUGUUGCAUAAAUUUUCCAUACGUGCCAAUGACACCUCCACCAAACUAAUGAAAGUUAUUAAGAAUCCUAUUACCGAUCAUUUGCCGGUGGGUUGUAAAAAGUAUGCCAUGUCAUUUUCGGGUAAAUUGAUAACAAACAUUAAAGAUUUGGUGCCGAAAAAGAUCAACGAGGAUGAUGAAGAGGAACCAAUUGUAUUGGUUGUGGGUGCUUUUGCUCAUGGUGUGCUGAAAAGUGACUAUACGGAGGCUUUAUUUUCGAUAAGCAAUUAUCCUUUAUCUGGAGCCAUAGCCUGUUCGAAAUUAUGCAGUGCCUUCGAAGAGGUAUGGGGUAUAGUAUGAGCGUGGGUGUGUAAUCAUUUUUUAGAUUGUUAGUAUUUUAAGUAUAUAAUAAUAAAGAAAUACUUUGUUGUGAAAGGUUUUCCCUGGGACUGCUUUUACAAUUUCA